AUGGGUGUGGAUUUGACGAGCAUGGGGUUUCCGAAGACAAAUUCAGUUGGAAACUGCAGCAUCGAAAAGAUCCCUGCUGUACUUGAAGAAACCGUUCCUAUGGAUGAACUCGUCAAGAUCAAGUGCGACCAACAACACCGACGCUUCAUAUGUCUACAUGGAGACCAACAAGUCACAACCACAUGCCCCGAAUGCCGUGGUCGCGUUGUCGAAAUGGCCAAGAUCUUUCUCAAGACUUGUCCUGGCGACUGGAACUCAGGCCCAGGCGACUACGUUCUCAAUUCUCUGCGAGAUACGGUAGCGAAUGAAAGAGCUUCCACCGAUGGAAUGGACAUCGCCUCCAUGAUUAGUUUCCGCUGGAAGAUGACACAUCUGGCGGACCACAUUGUGGAAAAGCUCCAACUCGCCAUCCCCAGCAACACGCCGUGUCUGCUGUGGAGCAAACGCAAUUGGCAGGAAGAUCGUAGAAGAAGGCUUGGCGAGACGGUGUUCGAUAACAAGUGGGACUGCAUCUGGAGACGGUUCAUCGACGGACAUCUAAUGCCUCGACCGUCCGUCGAGCAGGGUCCCGAGUUCAUUCGAUUUCAGCAAUAUCUCGUGGCAGCAAUUCGAGAUAGCGUCUCAUCCAAGGAGGAUAGCGAUGAGCUGGUGAAUAAAAUACUGAUGCUGACAGAAGAGGCUAAAGCAUCUGAUCAAGAACUCAGGCAAGGAGUUCUGGAUAAGCGUAGUGUCUUCAAGGACCCAUUCAAGAAUCAACAGGCCUGUUCACUGCGAUGA